AUGUCUAGCAAAACAUUUUUGUUUCAGCAUGAAAUAAAGUUUCUCAAGUCUGGUAAAUUAGCAACCUCUUGUUCCUACUUCCCAAGGUUGAUUGCACAUGCUCGUGAUGAUAACAGUGAGUUCUUGGGAGUUGUUUAUGAUCUUCAGCCAUCAAAUACGCUGUGUCAUUUUGUUGAUAAAGGAUUGGAACCUUGUCCUGAUCAACUAUUUCAUGUUGGAUCUAAAGCAAUGGAUAUCACAGAGCCAGAUGCUCACUUGGAUCGAGUUAAUUUUGGAUCAUGGGGUUACAUUGAUUAUGCUUCCUGUGGUACAGGUCUUUCAAGGGAAUACUCAGAUGUAUUUGCUUUUGGCGUCAUACUCUGUGAGCUUCUCUUCAAAUGUAAGGUUGAGGAACAUCCUGUCACUGGAUGGGGUUCAUAUAUCACGAUGCUCAUGAACUCUAUCCCUUGGACACUAUGCUGGGAGUAUCGUUCGUUGACAAGAGUUUGA